UGCAACUUUGUUAAACCGCGCAGCGCUGCAAUUGGUAACUGCUGCAGACAGUAUUUAUUUUCGGCGGUAAACUUGCAGAAUUCAGUUGGGAGCUAACUGUGCACCUCCUCAGGCUGCAAGCAUGGCAGUCUCUUCGAAGCAGACGACAUCAGAGAUAGCUACGGCUUUUGAGAAACUCUUCUACUCGAGUACACUGAGGCUGGUAAGAAGACACGACGCGGGGUGUGUUAGCGUUUUGGCAGUUGAGAGGUAUGUGACAGUACCAGGACCGAGUGUGAAUAACAAUAAGCCGAUCACCACCUGCUACUACAGUUACGACGUAACAGUAACUGACGGAGUGCACCGGGCCAAGUGUCAGUUGGCAUCCGAGCUCAACUCGCUGGUGCACCAGUGCGUUCUGCGGACCGGGGUGGAAAUCAAAAUCGUCCAGUGCGCUUUCCUAUACAACGAGAAGUGCCUUGGCCCGGGCUGCGUCUUGCUUGAGGGCAUAGAGUUCGGUCGGGAGCGCUCGCCACUUCUCCAAACACUGACCGAAGAGGAUGUGGAAAGGCUCCCCUUCUUUACAAGCCGGUUGAGGAAUGUGUUGACCCAGAGCGACGGACCUCUCAAGGUGGAGAAGAAACAUUACUUGCCGCUCUGGAACAACGACGAUCCCUACGGAGUGUUGUGGAAAUGUGACAUCGCACCACCAAGCGAUUGUGUGUGUUCUCUCCCAGUGUCCAGGGGCAUUCACCUGUGCGACUUGGAAUUGUUCUGGGGAUGCACGUCCCGGGUUCCGCCUUUGCUGGUCAGGGUCAUGUACAAGUCCAGACUGAGAUUCUUCGGGAAACCUGAAGGGAGUAUUGACAUGCCUUACCAGGCGUACAUCGAAGUUGCGGACUGCACGGGCCUGAUGUCCAUGGUGCUGUGGAACGAAAUGUGUCCUGAGUGGUACCAGAAGCUGCACGUGGGCACUGUGAUCCUGGUCGAGAACUACGACAUGAAACAGGCCUUUGAGUCGAGGACGCAACCCACCCCAGCAGACCCCAGUAUGACCUUACUCAGAUCAAGAGAAAUCAGUGUGAAUGCAGUGGAUCCCACAGGUAAAAUCACCAUAAUCCCACAGCAGGCUGUGAAACCAGAAUGGAAAUUACCAGAUGUCACCUACAAGUUUGUCAGCAGGUGCCAGCUGGACAGUCUCUCUCCAGGAGACACCUGUGAUGUCAUAGGCAUGGUGACCUUCGUUGGGAGGUGUGAGCGAAUAAAAAAGAAAGGUCAGCCUGAACGUUUCUGGACAUGCCGCUGGGUCCAUAUUGUGGAUGAAACGACAGAACAGCCGUUUAUACUGGAGAUUUUCGCCUCGUCACAGCCUGAAGCUUUUAGCAAUAUUUACCCAAUGUCAUACCUAGUCUGCACACAGAUGAGGGUGGUUGGGGAAGCUCGUGGCCAUCAUAUGAACUACCUCACGUCUUCCAAUGAGUCCCAGGUAUAUAGUGCAGGAUGUCACAAGGGCCAGCCAUACGUCUCCGAUCCCAAAGUGAAGAGCUUUAUACAGUGGACUAAAACCCUAAGCGAGGAAGCCGUGCUCCAGAAGACUGUGAUCGGGGGAUACUACCGCUUCCCCCAUUCUCCGGACAAGUUUACACCGAGCAGUGUAGUUCCGUCCCUGACCUGUACCAGUGAGCUGCAGCAGGAGAUCGAGGAGCUGCAUUACCGGGAGCGGCGGUGCAUCGCAGUGCAGGGCUUCAUCGCUGCCGUGCGCUACGUGGCCUGGCCAGCGGCACGGGGGGGGUCCAGGCGGCAGCCCGAGCAGCCUGUGCCAGCGGCCUCCCCUGAAACCCAAGAGCCCCGAGACAAGACUCGCCAAGGAGCCCCAGCAGCCCGGUCAAGAGCUGGCACCCCAAUGUCUGAAUCAGGGGAGCUGGAUAACCGCACCACUGGCACUUCAGCUAAACAAAUCAGAAGCCCCUACAACUUAAGGGUGACCAAGCGUCGGUAUUGCACAGGAGCUGCCAACCAAACACGAAGGUGCAAAAAGCCAUUUACUGUGUUACAUAUAUUGAAAAUAGCAAGUUUUGGCCACUUCGUACAAAUUGUUUUAAUUUGUUUUCUAACACAUCUUUUCAGAGGCAUUAAAUCUGAAGAGGAUGCUCCCACAGAUGAGAAGACAGUUCAGGCUGACUCAAGGAAGAGGAGUCGCCCACAGCAGGAAGACUUGGAGCAGCCUGGCCCAGCAGGUUGCCAGAGCAGUAGUGACACGCUUGCAGUGGUGACUCUGGAGGAAGUGUCCAGCCCCUCCUGGGAGUGUGGAAUCUGGUCAGCUGUCCAGCAGCACCUGUCUGUGCACCUGAGUCACAGCCUGCACUCUGCAAGCGUUCCUCGCAAGUUUGACUACAAGCGCAGAGAGUUUCUAAUGCAGCAGCAUAACCUUCACCCAGCCAAGUGGCAGCCUCCUCCAGCAGCUGCCACAGCUUGUGAUGCAGAAGAGUUCACCCCUGUUUGCAACCAUGGAUACUAUAUAGUGACAAUAAUGGGAGUAACCCAGCAGGCGGCCAUAGACGCUGUGUUCCUGCCUGUGACGUCUCCUGAUGAUCCCAGGAGGGUGGGUCGGCCCCAGGCACCCCAUGACAACACACUACUCUCCUGCCUGACAGAGGGGUUUGUCUCCCCGGAGAGCACAGGCACCGCAGGCCGGGGUGGGGCUCAGCAAAGCUUCCCCUCUCCAGGUGAGAUCAUGCGGACGGCAGGGAGCCUUGACAGAAUGCAAGUCGUCUGUCUUCUGGACCUUUUUCAACUCGAAGGAGGCCACGUGGAGGUUUUUCUCAACAAACUCUACAGGAUAACUGAUAUUGCAAUGAAGGUUUAAGAAGCAACUUCCCGCAAGGAUAUGAAACUUCUUUACGAGAAUCGACGGACCAGUGUGUGUCACUGUGUCCGAACACGGUUAAGAAUGGCAUGUUUCUUUGUUCCGUCUGCUUUCUGCAGC